GUGAAAACCGCCGGCGCUCUUCGCCCCACGUGCCGCGGAACCCGCGACCUCCCCGCUGGGGGAGCUAAGAGAUGUUCCGGAGCCGCCGGUGGCGCGGACACUGGGCAGGCGAGGGGGACGGCCCCGGAGAGGCCCGAAGGGGUGAACUCGCGAGAGUCUCGGGAGACUGGGACGGAUGGGUCAGUCCCGAAGGCGAGAGCGACUGGGAGAAGAGAAACGCCCCGGCAAGACUCUUUCGGGGAAUCCUCCAGCUCCUCGCCUCCAUGGGCCAGACGGCCCUGGCAGGGGGCUGCAGUAGCACCCCCACCCCACAGGCCCUGUACCCUGACUACUCGCGUCCCGAAGGUUUGGAGGAACUGCUUUCUGCUCCCUUUCCUGACCUGGAGACUCAGCGGCGCCACGGCUGGAACCCCAAGGACUGCUCAGAGAACAUCGAGGUCAAGGAAAGGGGAUUGUGCUUUGAACGGCGGCCCGUAGCCCAGAGCACUGAUGGGGCCCGGGGUAAGAGGGGCUACUCGAGGGGCCUGCACGCCUGGGAAAUCAGCUGGCCCCCGGAGCAGCGGGGCACCCACGCCGUGGUGGGUGUGGCCACGGCCCUCGCCCCGCUGCAGGCAGACCACUACGCGGCGCUGCUGGGCAGCAACAGCGAGUCUUGGGGCUGGGACAUUGGGCGUGGGAAGCUAUACCAUCAGAGCAAGGGGAUAGGGGCCCCCCAAUAUCCAGCCGGACCUCAGGGUGAGCGGCUGGAGGUGCCGGAGAGGCUGCUGGUGGUUCUGGACAUGGAGGAGGGAACUCUGGGCUACGCUCUUGGGGACACCUACCUGGGGCCAGCGUUCCGCGGACUGAAGGGCAGGACCCUCUAUCCGGCAGUAAGCGCUGUCUGGGGCCAGUGCCAGGUCCGCAUCAGCUACCUGGGCGAAAGGAGAGCGGAGCCACACUCCCUUCUGCAUCUGAGCCGCCUGUCCGUGCACAAAGCACUGGGGGCUGCCCGUCUGGGCCAGGUAUCUGCUCUGCCCCUGCCUGCUGCGAUGAAGCGCUACCUGCUCUACCAGCGACCCUGUAAUACCAGAUUGCAGGGCCUCGAUGCUGUCCCUCCCCAGAAGUAGGGGUGGGACACUGUUGGCCUGGACCAGCCACUUAAAGCCAGUGAGGCUGGUGGGGAGGUGAGGCUGGGCCCUUACCCCCAACCUGAUCUCUAGGGAGCUUAAUAGCCCCAGACCCACCCAGGGGUGAAGAGAGCCAUUAUUCAAGGUUGUGGUGUCCUGGUAUGCAAGACAUUUUUUUUCAAGUAAAAAUAAGAAAUAGGCUGUCGUAAAAA